UGUAUUUGGUGAGAGAGGAAUGGAGCAGGAGAGUGAGAGAGUGAGAGAGAGAUAGUGAUAGUGAGUCAGCGAGCUUUAUCUCGGGGUCAACAGUAACUGAUCACGUCAGUGUUGGAGGAAGGAGAACAGAUUGAUUUGUGAGAUACAGUCCGCAGCCUUUCAUUUGCUUUGUCCAGAUUCCUCUGUUCAUUAACAGCGGCUGUGAUGACAAGACAGAGACAAAAAGAGGAGGGGGAAGCAGAUCUGGAGAGGAAGGAGGAUUGCUUGUGUUGUGCAAUCGUUGUUAGUUCACACUACUGAACUAAUUGAGAGCUGCAGAGAGAAGGGAGACUGGACAUCUCUAGUGUACUAAACUCAGGUUCUAAAAAAAGUAUGUUACCAUGGGGACCAAACGUCCCAGUCUGACUCCCUUUGAUACAUUUGAUCCAUCCAAUCAAAGCGCUUCCUACCGGAACCCUCAGCCAAUCAGCCAGAUCUGCCGCGAAACAAGUCCCAGACCUGGAACUGUGGCCCGGACAGACAGAGAGAGGGAGAGGAUCCGAGAGGAGGAAUGGAGGAGAGAAAGAGAAAUGGAGAGAUUGAAGGACAAAACAAGAAAUAGAAGAAAAGAGAUGGAACCCGGACCAAGAGAGAGGAACAGAGAGAAGGAGUGUGCCCUCAUAUUCAGAGGAAGGGAGGAGGAAAGGGAAUGGAGAGAGAGAGAAAGGGGGGGAGCGGGAGAGAGACGUGCCAAUGGAAGACCUACUUCAAAUCUGGAGAUCAGGAACCACAGAGACAUAGAAAAGGAGAGAAAGAAAGGAGACACGUUUCCUAGAAUUAUAAAACAUAGCAAAGAGAGAGACAGAAGAAUGAGUGCAUUUGUGGAGGAAGAUGUGGGGAAAGAAGGAAUGAGACAAUUGGAGAGAUCGAAGGGAACAGAGAUGGACGACUGGGAGAGAGAACGAGAGACAGCAGCAAAGAUACAGCGGUAUCGAGAUGCAGAGUGGGACUUCCAAAGCCACAGAGAGAGGGAGAGGGAGAAGGAGAGAAUCAGGGCACAGGAGGACAGAGAGAAGAAUGGAGGAAAGCCCAUGGAGGAUAAGACCGUGAGACGGAGGGAGAGAGCGAGGGAAGCAGAGACAGAUUUCAGAGAGAGGAGAAGAGAGAGGGAUUCAAAGGGUAAUGACCUAUGGAGCAAAAGAGAGAGGUAUAUGGAUGGAGAGAGAGAGAGGUAUAUGGAUGGAGAGAGAGAGAGGUCAAAACUCUGGCAGGGAGAAAGAGAGGAUGGAAGAAGAGAGGGAGAUUCACAGAACUAUUCGGAUAGAGAGGGCAGGGGUGGAAGGAGGGAAGGAAAUACCGAGGGACAGAGGGACACUAGGAGUGAGGGAGACAGUGAUGGAGAGAAGAGGAACGAGAGAGUGAGAGAUGACAACAGAAGAGAACUGAAACAUCUGCACAGUAAAAGUGAGGGGGACACUGAGGGGAACGCAGCAUGGGAUAGAGUGAGGGAGAAAGAGAAGGAGAGACAGAAAUGGAGAGGGGGUGAGAUAUACAGAAAGAGGGAUGGAAGGAAAGAUGCUUAUAGACAGAGAGUUAGGGAAGGGGACAGGGAUGGAAGGAGAGAUGCUUAUAGACAGAGAGUUGGGGAAGGGGACAGGGAUGGAAAGAGUGACAUGGAGAGAUACAGAGAGAGGGACAGGAGAAAAGUGAGGGAAGUGGAGAGAGAGAGGGAUGAUGUGAGAGAAGGGGGCAGGCGAGAGGACAGACCAAGGGAAAGGAGGGACCUAGAGAAAGUGAGGGUGGGAACACAGCCCAAUGUAACAGGAGAGAGAGGGAAGAGGAUGGAUGGAGAGAGAUUCAGAGAGAGGGAGAGAUAUUCCAAGGGGGAGGAUGAAGAGAGGAGGUGCAGGGAGAAGAGGGACAGAGAGACAGAUCUCAAAAGGGAGGGAGGAGCAGACGGAGCUAGUCGUUCGCUGAGAGAGACAGAUCUCAAAAGGGAGGGAGGAGCAGAUGGAGCUAGUCGUUCGCUGAGAGAGACCGAUCUCAAAAGGGAGGGAGGAGCAGACGGAGCUAGUCGUUCGCUGAGAGAGACAGAUCCCAAAAGGGAGGGAGGAGCAGAUGGAGCUAGUCGUUCGCUGAGAGAGACAGAUCCCAAAAGGGAGGGAGGAGCAGAUGGAGCUAGUCGUUCGCUGAGAGAGACAGAUCCCAAAAGGGAGGGAGGAGCAGACGGAGCUAGUCGUUCGCUGAGAGAGACAGAUCCCAAAAGGGAGGGAGGAGCAGACGGAGCUAGUCGUUCGCUGAGAGAGACAGAUCCCAAAAGGGAGGGAGGAGCAGACGGAGCUAGUCGUUCGCUGAGAGAGACAGAUCUCAAAAGGGAGGGAGGAGCAGACGCAGCUAGUCGUUCGCUGAGCGAGACAGCCCCAAGGGUGCCACCACGAGUCCAGAGCAGCGGAGAAUGGAGCAGUGACAUAGAGAGGGAAAGACAAUGGAGAAGAGGAAGAGAAAGUCAUGAAGAGAAGGAGUCAGAGGGAGAGAAGGAUGUGGACAGGGGGCAGAGAGACUGUAGUGAAAGAGAGAGACCAGAUAGAGUGAGGGGGAGAGAAGAAGGAAAGGAAGAGACGAUACCAAAGCGCCCUGAGCAGAGGAGGAUGUGGUUAGUACCACAGAAGGUCAGAUAUAACAAAGACUCCUCUUUAGAGGAUGAUGUUAUAGAGCGAGAAAGAGAUAGGCACACUAACAGAUGGAGAGAGAGAAGUGAAGAAGAGGACAGAUCCGUGGAACAAAGGACAGGCAGAGAUAAAGAGAGGAAGACAGAGGGAGAAGGACAAGAGGACAGGUCGGUGGAACAAAGAAAGUCCAUAGACGAAGAGAGAGAAGCUGAGAGGGAGGGAGGGAGGGAGAGGUAUUUGGAGAGAGGGUUAAAUGUAGAUGAAGACGAUGAGACAGAAGCCUGGAGGAGUUAUAGCAGAGGAGAGGAACACCAGACUUACAGCGAUGGAGAGAGAGAGGAACGCUGGCAGAGGGACAGGGAGACGGAGAGAGAGAAUGUGACAGAUAACACAGAAGGUGACAGAGAGGAAGAAGGAGGAAGUGAUAGAUAUACACUCUUCGAGAGCGAUGGAGGAAGUGAUAGAGAGUGGGAAGGAGGGAGGGAUAGAAUCCCUUCCUCUGAGGACGGCUUUAUCACUGUGUCCAGUGGUGGAGAAGAGGAGUUUGAGGACUGCAAGGAAUUCUUGGAAGUUGGGGUUGCUAUUCAUGUUACCAAGCAACCUGUUAGCUUUCAGGGGAGCGAGGGAGAGAUGAAGAGAGGUGGAGGGAGAAGACAUGAAAGAGAGAGAGAAAGAACAGAAGAGAGGACAGAGCAAAAAGAUGAUGCAGUGGUGGGAGAGGUGAAUGAUGGAAAGGGGAAGAAACCACCCACCUAUGUAUUCUGUGUGAUUGGACAAACACUGCCCAGGUCAAAACCCAAUCAGACAGCAGUCUUGGGUGACAUGGAAUCAGAGCAGACCAAUCAAAAUCCUGGAUAUGGUCAUAGGGACAGUGAUGACAUCACACACCUCCCUCAUGAGAACCCUUCCAGAGAUGGAGACCAAGGGGCAGAGGAUGAGAGAAAAAUAGUGAGGGAUGAGAUCCAUGUGCCAAAGGAGGAGAGAACAGACACAGAAGAGAGCUCCAUAGUGGACGUCAGUCACACCACCCUAGAACGAGAGAGCGGAGAACGACUGAAGGUCAUGGAGGAGAACCCAUACGCUGAGAUAGAGCGAAGGAGGAACUCUGAGACUGAAAAACUCCUCAAAGAGUGGAGAGAAAGACAUGAAGAGUACACAGAAACAAGAGAGAGGGACCCAACAGACAGGAGGAGGACAGAACCAGAGAUAGGUCCAUCUUCACAUCCCAGUGGAGAAUACCACCACCAUGGGAUCCCUGUAGUUGACCAAGCCACCUCUGACCAGGAUGACCCUGGAGUGAUGAGCCCAGAGGAAGCUGUGGCCACCCAAAUCUGUAUAAGGGGAGCCUGGAGCACAGAAGAGGAGGCCAAGCGCCACUCCCAGGCCUCACACAUGAAGUGGGCCAAGAACGUAUUGAGCGAGAUCCUUGGCAGCUCGGAGGAACCAGCCCUCGGCAACCCCCAGCCAGAGUCACAGGGAGGUCAAGAGGUCAGCCAGACUACGAGAGGGACCGAGAGGGUAGAAGAGGAGCUAGAGGAAGAAAAGGAUGAGACGCUAGAGGGGGGAGGAGCCUCACCCGUCUACGCCACGGUUCAGAAGAGGAAGAAGCGUGGGAGGAAGUCGGUGGAGGAGAGGCUGGCUGAAUGGGAGGCAGAGCCAGGGAAGCUGGAGGAUGAGAGAGGUACAGGGGAGAAACUAGCAGACGUGCAUGCUGAGGCUUUCACAACUAUGCUUGGUGAUGGCAAACCCAUAGACAUGCAUGCUGCCCUUACCCUACACAAUACUCAUGGUGACACACCUACAGACACACAGGGAGAGGAGGUGGAGGGUAACAAUGUGUGUGCGGACAGACAAACAGACAGUCAUAUACAUAUCCAGGUAGAGAUGGUGACAGAGGUUGAGGGUGAGAUGGAGAAAGGGGUCGAAGUUGGGGACGAGGUUCAUAUACUGGAUGCAGAGAAAGAAGCGAAUUCCCAGAAAGAGGAAGAUCUGUUUCUCUCUGUGAGCAACACCCUGUACAAACCAACCAGCUGCCCCAGCCUUAUAUACAACCCUGAUUCAGAACAACCUAUCACCACCAUAGAGGAAAAGACAGAGGAAGAAGGGGAGAAAGAGAGGACUGUGGGAGAGGGGGAAGAGAAUAGUGUGGUAGAGAGGAAGCAGGAAAGGAGCAUAGAAGAUGGGACCGAGGACAGGGGGAAAGUGGGAGAGGCGACUGAGGAAAGGAAAGUGGAAAGGGAGGAGGAGAAGAGGGUAGGAGGGGAAGAGGAGAGGAUGAGGGAGGGCAAGGAAGAGAGUAAAAAAACGGGGGGAGGGGGGGUGAAGAGCACUUGUAGCUUCCAAGAUUUGGGCACCGAUGUUCGGUAUAGGAGGCGGGGGUUCCGCAAGACAACAGAAAGAAGAAACGAGGAAGAAGAAGAAGGAAGAGGAGAUGCGAGGGAUCGCAGAACAAGAAUCUUCCAGGCGUCAGAUGAGGAGGAGGAGGAGGUGAGCUUCAACUGGGGAGACGUGGACCUGAGGAAUGUCACGGAUACCAUCAGAAUGGCUAGGAGGAACUCCAAAUUUUACAAUUCCCAGCUCUACCAGGAGUACAGUGAGACAGCUCAGAACAGGGAGAUCCUCAGCCAGUCUUGCUCUGACGCCCUCUCCAUCUACGAGGAGCUCCCUGUCCCCCUGGCCCCCUCGCUCCCUCCGGCUCGCAGGCCCUUACCCUGUCUCCCCCCAGUCAUCCACCCCCACUCUCUGUCCCACUCUGGCUCUACCUCCAGUGGCACCAGUGCCAAGUUCCUACCCGUACCACAGCCGCCCCAGCCCCCCCCGGCCAGGCCUUCCUCUCCCCGCCUCUCCACCUCCCUCACCCAGUCCCCCAGCCUGUGGCAGGAGAUCCCUGAGGUCAGGAACAGUGCUGCGUUUGGGGAGCUGACUAACGACCAGAGACGCCUGCAGGAGGUGCAGUUUGAGGUUGUAACUUCAGAAGCGUCGUACUGUCGUAGUCUGGAUAUUGUGGUGGAUCACUUUGUCAAGUCUAAGCAGCUCGGGGAGCUGUUGACUACUCAGGACAGGAGCUGGCUGUUCUCCAGGCUGGCUGAUGUCCGAGCAAUCAGCCACAGUUUUCUGUCGAAGCUGGAAGAGAGGGUAGAAUCUGAUAUGAUGCACUUCACCGUGUGUGACAUCAUCGUUCGCCACUGUCAACGCUUCAAGAAGGUCUACGUGCCCUACCUCACCAACCAAUCAUAUCAGGAUGCCACUUACCAGAGACUCAUGGAUGAGAACCAAGGGUUCAGGCGGGUAGUGGAGAAGUUGGAACGCAGUCCAGUGUGUCAGCGCCUUCCUCUUCGCUCCUUCCUCAUCCUCCCCUUCCAGAGGAUCACACGAAUCAAACUCCUUGUGCAGAACAUUGUGAAGAGAACAGCCCAAGGCACAGAGGAGGAGGUCCAGGCCAUCAAAGCUAUGAAGCUACUGGAGAGGUUGAUCCAGGAGAGCAAUGACAGUAUUACUCAGAUGAAGAGCAUUGAGUCACUUGUCUCUCUCAGUGCCAGAGUGGACUUUGAAUGCAGGACUCUCCCCCUGGUCAGUCAGUCUCGUAGACUGGUGAGAGAGGGACCGGUGACUGAGAUGAUGGAUUUCUCUCUGAAGGAGACAGAGAGGAGUGUCUACCUUCACCUCUUCAAUGACUACCUGCUGCUGUCGCUGAACAAAGAAGGGGGCAGGUUCACGGUGAUAGACCAUGCUCCGGUGUCAGAACUGCGAGCUGAGAACUGUCGGGUCAAACUGCACUCUCUACAGAAGAACCUUUUCCGCCUCCACCUUAACAAGAAAGCCCUGCUACUUAGCACCGACACACAAGGUGAUAAACUGCGUUGGAUCUCAGCUGUCUCCAGGCCCCAUCCUGUUAUUGACUACUCUGCAGAACAAGACUUCACACAGAUGCAGUGCGUCCGAGCCUUCGUUGCCCACCAACCAGAUGAGCUGUCCCUGGAGAAGGCUGAGGUCAUUCUCGUCCACCAGCAGAGCAGCGACGGUUGGGUGGAGGGGACCAGGCUGUCAGACAGACACAGAGGAUGGACUCCUGAGUCCCAUUUGGAAACCAUAGCCAGCCUCAGGGUCCGACAGCGCAACCUGCUGGAUGCUCUAAAGAUUACCACAGCCACGGCUGCAGUAUGACAAACCAUCCACUGUCUGACUGCGCUGGGGGAAUCCUAGUCACUGUGUAUCAAUGUGGUGGAGUUACUGUGGACCUGUGGAUUUGGACAGUGGAUGAAACAUAGUGUUUCAGACUGGAGUUGUCCUUCCCGGCCUCAGCCUGCUUAUUGGGGAUGAAUGGCUUUAGGGGGAGUGCCUUAGAUGGGGGUGCCUUAGAGAGAGGCACUGGACUGACAUGAAUACCUGUAACACUUACAGGAGUGUCAACGUAAAUUAUUGGAAGGGUUUUGGAGGUGUCUGGGAGUGUCUAGGGUAGCCUUGUAAAUCAAACCUUGCGAAUGAAUGCCGAUGGACUGUUACAGGAUGUAUUGGAAAUCAGCCAUCUAAGAACAUCAGUGGAUUGAGGACCUGUGGCCCCGGAGAAGGACAGAAGUUUCUCCAUAACUACUUUACUUGGGGACUUUAAAAAGACAUGGUAUGGGGCCUCCCGAGUGGCGCAGCGGUCUAAGGCCGCUACAGGUCACUACAGACCUGGGUUCGAUCCCAGGCUCUGUCACAGCCGGCCGCGACCCGGGAGACCCAUGAGGCGGCAUACAAUUGGCCCAGCGUCGUCCAGGUUAGGGGAAGGUUUGGCCGGCUGGGAUGUCCUCGUCCCAUUGUGCUCUAGUGACUCCUGCACGCUGACUUCGUUUGCCAAUUGUACAGUGUUUCCUCCACAUUGGCUGGCUUCUGGGUUAAGCAAGCAGUUUUGGAAGACGCCUGGCUCUCGACCUCUCCCGAGUCCGUACAGGAGUUGCAGCGAUGAGACAAGACUGUAACUACCAAUUGGAUAUCACAAAAAAGGGGUAAAAAGUACAAAAACAAAACAUGGUAUGAUACACCUUGGCAGAGUUUUGCAAUAGAGGUUAUUGUAUUUGAACAAAAUGUUUCUACAUAUUCAGGGAAAUUUAUUAUUUGUGUAUAUUACAAAGAUUUAAUAAAUGACUUUUAUGGGGGGUACUUAUUGGUUGACGGCUCAAAUUGAAUAGUUCCGCUGCUCUAUGUUCACUACAUACUUCAGGAUAAGACUGCCAUCGUUGAAGUCGUUUGUGGUCUAAAUGAGGGGUGUUGUACAAAACAAAUGAAUCAGCGACUUGAUCAUCUUUAACCAAUCAGAGUAUCAAAGCCAAUGACAAAUGUUUUAAACGCCCCUUUACUGACGUGUCCUCUGGAUCUGGCCCAACCCAUUGGUUUCUGGGACCAAUCAGAAUGGUUAGAAUGUGUUUGCUUUCUAGAAAUCGUCAGGGAGGUACUCAGAUUCAGAUCCGGAGAAGAAACUAAUGUCUGUGGGCAUGGCGUAGCAUUUGGCUGGAGAAAAGAGUUUGAGUAGCCUGGCAAGGAUACUUAAUCCCAUUUGAGAUACAGAAGACUAUGAGAUAAAGAGAGGUUGCAUGCACAUUGUUAAGAAUGUUGAAAGGGCUGUAAGUGCAAUACAUUUCCAGGACUGUAUGUAGCCUACACAAUAUCAUUUUAUGAAAAAGAUGUGCAAUGAUCAAAAUAAGCAGUUCUGUCUGUGUUGAGGAGACUGAGAAAGUAUGCUUUGGAAAUAAAUGACGAUACUCAUGAAUAUUA